AUCGUGCCCGCAGCUCUGGCCUCUCGGGGUCGGGGUGUGAGCAGGGGCAUGGAUAAGAUGCUGGCCGCCUGUUGAAAACACCGCGUCGUUGGACGUCCGGGCCCAUGAGCGCCCCCAGUGCCGCGGACCCCGGGCGGAUGCCGCUGGAGGGUCGCAAGGCCACUGCAGGGUCGGCAGGCCGGAGAGACAACCCAAGAGUGCGCAGGGCGUUUCGCCCGCGGGGGCCGGUCUUUCGGUGGCCUGCGCUGGGUGUGCUUCACGGGCCUCAGCGGGAACGGCUCGCGGCAGGACGCUGGCCCCGGCGACGGUGCCAGGAGCUCCCCGCCCCCCAGUUUAUUUGGCUCUCGUUUGAGCUGCGGAGAUGGUUGAUUCGGGGGUUGCCAAAACGCGUCCGCCAGCAGCAGGCAGUGCAGGCGGCAGCUCGCCGGCAGCCUGGGCGCGGCUGCUGCUGCUGCUGCUGCCUUCUCUUCUUCGCAUCCCUCCCCCCUCUGCUGUCCCUUUCCUCCUAAGCCACAGGGCACCACCAGGCACUCCUCUUGCGGCAUGGUGUGCAGGAAGCCCUCGGGGCGGCGGUGGCGUCCCUCCCAUCCCCUUCUUCCGAGGGGAACUCGGAACUCGGACCUCGGGAACGGCUCACCGUCAGCCGGCAAAGACGAAUAUGAUGACCCACUUCCAUUUUGACAGUAGGCGAAGAUUCCCCCGCCGCGACGGCCUGCCUCAGCGUUCUCCUAUCGCGGGCGUCGUCACGGCGCGCCUCGGUCUGCACGCAGGAGUUCGGGCGUUGGCCGAGGCGGCGGCGGUGGGGGGGGGGUCGGUGCCUCUCCGUGCUGGGAGGCCGCCGCGGCCUCGGGCGCACGGAGAGUCCCUUCCUCAGAGUCAGGGCUGGGCUCUGAGCUGUCCUCAAUGCCCUGUGCGGGUCGGCCUCUGAAUCGUCUCCGAGGGGAUGUGGGGAGAGCAUGGGACAGGGGAGAGCAUGGGGUCACGAGCAGCCGGACGCAUCCAGAUCCAAGCCCUCGCGGUCUCGAUUCCGGGGUGCGAUGCCGUUGAUGCGCGGUUGCAUGGAUGCGCUCCGCGCGGGGUCAUCCGCGAGAACACGCCCGAUAUUCACGUGGUCGCGGCCCAGAAGCACGGCCCGCGAGGCCGCGGAUACGGAUAUGCGGGUAUGUCUCCCGCCCACGAUCGGGGAGGGGCGGGGCUGGAGCUUCUAUGUGGAGGCGUGGAUGCGGGAUGGGCGGCGGAAAGAGCAUCCUUGAAGGGGGAGUGGACGUGGCGAUCGCAGAGAUGGGCUACAGCACGUUCGGCAUGCUGAAGAAAUUUGCUAUCCCGUACCACGAGGUUCACUUUGGGAAGCCGCAUGCGGACGUAUACAUCGAUUCCCGCUCUUUGAACGGCCAAGCAGAUGUGGAACGCGAUCUUGGCUGGUACACAACCCAACAGUCACACGAGGCAGACGAGUUUGCUGCGAUCGAAGGGGCGAUAGAUGCGCGUGCCUUUAACUUGGUCAGGGCCGCUGGAACGUCUCGCGUCAUCAAGUCUUCCACCGCUGACAUCUUGCGUGGAGAAAACCAUUGGUAUCGUUCCAUCCCCUCGGGUCUUAAGGACCUUUUCCCCGAGCCGUUCGAGAUCGUUGAUGGCGACGAGGCUACGAAUCAGAUGUCGUCGAUCACCAUGUCCAAAGUCGCAGGCGUCACUUUCUCGCAUCUGGCAACAUCGCGGUUGCUCAUGCAGGUGUGGGUGCGCAAGUUGGUGCGCUCCUUGCAUCGAAUACACACUCAGGCGGCAGAAAUUGGCUCUCCUGGUGCGCUGGAGGCGCGCGCAACCCCUGAGGAGCUGUGCUCGAACUAUGCCAACAAGGUCCGAAAACGCACAGAGAAACACAAGGAGCUGUACGACUCCUUGGGCGUGGAGAUCGGCAUCGACACAGGAAAGAUGGCCGAGUGCAUCAUUAAUUUCAUGGAGGACUUCGAGGCCAACCAGAAAACGCAGUGGGCGCAAUUUAUACAUGGGGACCCGGUUUUCUCCAAUAUCAUCCGCACUGAUGACGACGGAAUAAUUCUCAUAGAUAUGAGAGGGGAAAUUGGAAAGAGGCUGACAACACAGGGAGACAUCCACUACGAUCUCAGUAAGGUGUAUCAAAGUCUUUGCGGGUAUGAUUUCAUGCUGCUCGACCAGUCGCUGGAUGAGGCCACAUCUGAGAUAUUCGACGGCCUUCGAGCCGCAUACUGGCAAGAGGUAAGCGAGCUGUACCCAGACAUUUCCCACCGUAAUGUCCGCCUGCACACAGCUUCGCACUUCUUUGCGAUUGUGCCGCUGCAUGAGGUGAGAUCUCGCAUGGUCCGCUAUCUAAAGACGUCCCACUCCAUGCUGCUCGUAGAGGGUUUGAUGUCAUAGCGAUGUUCCCAGCGACCGCAGAAUUUAGUAUCAUGUUGAUGCCCGCAGCGUGUUAGGGUGCUACAAGGCCUGACGGCCGGUGCCGCCGACCCUGAAGGAGAACGACGACU